AUGAUGAGAAGAUAUCCGUUGCCUCCUGGGACACCGUUUAUGAACACACCUCCUCUGCCAUCUUCGCAUAAUGGACAACCUCGACGGCUGCUCACUCCAGAGCCACCUCAAUGUGUAAAUGAGGAGGCAAACGGCCCAUUUUUUCGACUACUCCCAACUGAAAUCCGCACAAGAAUUCUGCGUCUUGCAUUCGGCGACCGCACAUAUGGCACUACUUCUCCCGAGAACCGCCUCCUGUAUCCCGGCCCUCUUGUCAUUGACUUGUCCAAACAGUCGGAGAAGGAAUGGGCCUGGAAAAGCUCCGUUUGCCAUCGAUUUCCGCCCUCUGGGAGCAUAGACUCACGCGGACCAGGGUACGAUCCUCAGCCGUGCGACGAUGAGUGUGUAUAUGGAUGGAAUGGCCGACAGGGAUUUCGACCACAAUGUGAGCACUGGCCUGGCGAAGGGCCCAAGAAGUGUUCCGUUGGCGCCAUGGGCUGGCUACUCUCCUGCAAGCAAGCAUAUCGUGAAGGAAUUCACGUGAUAUACGCCACCAACACUUUUCAUACCGCGAGCAAAGUAAUGAUCCUGAACAUGCACGACUUCUUUCAGCAACAGCGACUCAAUGCCAUCACGUCUGUCGAAAUAGUCUGGGACUUUACACCGUGGUUCAUACUCGACACCAACGAAGACUUUAGAGUAGCUCCACCCCUCAGCGAUAUCGAGUCUUUCAGGCAGUUUCUCAAGGCCAUUCCCAAUCUUUUUCUGAACAUCAGGAAACUCUAUGUCUCCCUACAAGGAGACAUGAUCCCGAAAUCGUAUGGCCAAAUCAGCGAGACUCAGUACUCGACUAAGCAGCGGAUCAAAGUUGUGGAGGAGAAUAUUAUCAUGAAAGUCGACCAAAUGGUGCCUUACCUCAAACCACAUGUUGACUUCUCAGUCGCCUAUCCUACAAGCACGUAUGCUGUACAGCGCAGCCUUGCUCUCCGUCAGGGCUGGACAGUGAAACAGAGGCACGAGACUGGCGAGGUGGAGCGACACUGGAGGCCAUUGGCGAAAUGCAAACCUCGAACAGGCUACUGGGUUUGCUUGGGUGAUAAGGAUGUAAGAAGGAAGAGAGCGAGGGGCAUUAUUGGGCAUAAGCAUAUGCCAGCGCGUGUUUCGGAAAAUCAGUAUGAUGUUUUCUUUCGAUCUUGA